AUGCCCCCGCUCAAACAAAACACGUUCUUGGUCUUGCCCAACGCCCCGCCAAACCACUUCACCCAUGGAGCGCCACCACCGGUUGAGGGCCUGCCUAGGCAGCCUAUCAUGACCUCUAAACAAGCUCGAAAGAGUUACAAUGAGAGGACAAGAGGCCAGAAGCGGUCAAGGGCAGAACAGCGCGAAUGGGAGCGCGCUGAGCAGGAGCGCAUCCGUAAAGAACUGGAAAAGGAGCAAAAUGCCGCCAAGGCCCGCGCCGCCAGGGAGAGGAAAAAGGCCAAGGACCUGGCCGCCCUGGAACAGAAGAAGAAGCAGGGCCUUCCGCUGGUGAGCGUAAGGCCCAGCCAGGACACCAUCGCCAGGUUCGUCCGGAAGGGUAACAAGCGUGAGAGGGAGCCGGAGCAGGCGAUGCCAGAGCCGAGGAAUACUUCCAAGUCUCCUAGCGGGACUCCUAAGCGACCACGUCUGAGUAGCAUCGAAGAACUGGAGGUUGAGGAGGGCCAUGCCGAUACCCCAUCAAUCAGCCCAAGUAUUGAGAGGAUAUCACACUCGCCCCCUAAAGCUCCGGGAUCUGGUUCUCAUUCAGAACAACCACUAAAAUGCCAGGAGGCUGCUCAAACUACCACUGCAGCGCCUGCGACUUUUUCAGUACCACCUCCACAACAAACAUCGCAAGCCACAGAGAUCUUGAAGGAUCCUACUCGGGCUAGUAAAUCAGUGGUCGAUACUACUUUGCUCCUCGAUACUGGUAUCAAACCUACUGUGAAGGCCUCGCCCAACAAGGACCGGAUUGCGUCUCAAGACAAAUCCUCUUUGCCGAAUAAAGCACACAUAUCAGAUAUCGACAAGACGCCUCAGAACAAACCACCGGUGCUUAGUCGGAUUGAUGAAACCAUCGAGCAUCCAUCGCACCCAGUAAAACCUGCUGGCACUACUGUACCAACCAACAAACCGAUAGGAGUGCCGCCCAAUCCGAGCCAUUCCGCAUUUCCUGACCGUGAAAAGUCAAGACCUUCAAAGCUGAAGUUCUCGACUGCUAGCAAUAUCAACCACAAGGCUUCCACGUCCGCGCCUACUCCCAAGGCCAAACAAACAUCGAUGGCACCGCCACCAGUUCCAUCAGCCCGAAAACCAUUAGGUCAAGUACCUCGGGAUGCUGCCGUGAAGCAGUCCCAAGCCUGCUCAAAGCCUGGACAUCCGACCCCCAACCCAACGGCUAAAGUCACGGCGGGCUCAUCUCCACAACCGCAAGCACAGCCAGACCCUUUGCCACCAAGCAGUACUCAGAAUUUCCUGGAAACUUACUUCCUGGAUAUAUUGCCGACUCCGUCUCAGGAAGAAAGGGAGCUCUGUGGCGACAAAAACACCAAGCCGGGACUCAUGGGUCCUCCUCCAAGGCCCAUGCCUCCUAACCUGACUGCCAUGAAAUCUCGGGCGAGAUCCUUCCAAAACCACACAACUCCCAAGAUGCCACCGGUCAAUGACCGCAGUCUCAAACCCCCAAAGCAGAAGUUUGCGCCGCCUCCGGUUCCUCGCUGGAUACCUGGGCAUGGCCCGCAAAGCCGACUAGGCCAGACAAACAUGAGGUCUCAGACCAACGCCAAUAGAUGGCCAAAUCAUCCAGCACCAGUCGCCAAAGUACAACAACCAGCUGUAGCAGAUCUGGAUUUUCUCUCGACUCAGGACGUCAUGCUGUCAACGCAAGAUGUGCUGGAAGUUGAGGAGCCUACUAUCAGUGUCCCUAAAAAGGCCACCCAUACAGGAGCACCAAGAUUUCUCAGGCAACACACAUCGAUGAAAGCCGAUACUAAACUGACAUCAGCAUCGUUGGAUCCCAAGCCAGCAAGUGUAUCAACAUCGCUAACCAAGAGCACAGAAGCACCUUCUACUAGACCCUCGGCUCUACUUUCUCAGUCCAAGACAUACCAAUCGCGCAGGGACCCCAAAAUGAGCAUUGAGGACUUGUUUGAUUCACAUGAUCACAGAACUUCUCUGGCAAAGAAUGCUCGACCUCGUAAUUCACAGUCCACAUCGGCUACGCGCUCGCAGGAACCCCCUGGUGUACUAGGUGGAAAAUAUGUGCUAGAUAUGCCCCACCCUCCGGAGCAGUCUAUUCCGGACCCAUCUUCAAUCCAAUCGGCCGGGGCGGACGGCAAGGCCCCCACGGCUACCGGCGGCUCUACAGACUCGGAGGCUCCUGAUUCGCAAGGGCGGCCACGGUACUUUACAUCUAGCUGCACCAACAUUCGCAUAGGACUAGCAACUUUAGAGAGCAUGCGAAGUUUUGAGGCAGAGCAGCGCAAACGAGAAGAGCAGUCGAAAAAGCGAGAGGCCAGAGCCUUGAUUGCCAAAGAGAAGCAGCAGGCUGCAGAGCAAAAAAGGCGCGCCGAUACAGCGCUGCAGGAAGCGACAUCUCUUAAUCCUAAAUCAACAGCGACUGACUUACACGGAGACACAAAUACAACCAUUGUUGGGUCGGCAGGCAUGGUUGAGCAACAAGACGAGCUUGAUGAAUUUGCCAACGACCUAAGCUUUACCCUUAGUCAGGAGGAAAACGAAAUCGGGCGAAGAGGGGCUCCCCUUAACAGCCAGACAUUGCGCAGGCUUCCGUCAGGACCGAAACCACUACUGGCGUCAACUCAGGAGACAGACUAUGGUGAUCUUGACAUUGGUGAAAGCCUUGCCAUAUUGGAAGCUGAAAACCUGUAG